ACCAAGCGCUCAUCGCAGUGGGAGGGCGGCGUGCCCAAACGCAGGAGCGGCCGCGUUCCGCUGCUCCCUCCGAGAGCUCGAGGCCCUGCCUGCCGCCAUGCCUGCCCGCUGCCUGUUCCUCAUCCUCCUGGGGCUGCUCCCGGAGCCUGCCUGCUGCCAGCAAGCACGGGGCAAUCUCCAGCCAUGGUUGCAGGGUGUCAUUGCAGUGGUUGUGUUUCUAGUCCUGGUGGCCAUUGCUUUCGUGGUCAAUAAGUUCUGGUGUAAGGAGAAAGUGGAAAACGUCGAGAGGGUGGUAAGCGUUGAGGACAAGCUGGAUCCUGUCAUGUCCAAUGGCCACGAAGGGAAAUACAUAAGUGCUGCGGCCGACUUCAGGUCCAAAGAGAGCCAGCAUGCCUACGAGAACAACGUGGAGCCUGAGGAGAGGGUGAUCACCACUGCUAUGUAGCAUCUGCCCUGGCUGGCCAUGCUCCUUCCUCCCCUCACUUUGCUUCCUGCUGUCGCGAUGGGCAUUUCGCAGGGACCCUCUGCACUGGCAUCCCCCAUACGUGUGUGUUGCUCCCAGCCUCUCCACAGCAUCAUCAUCUCUUGAUCUUUUCCCUUCCCACGCACAGAAUGUGCUCUUCUGCCCUAGGGGCUGGUGUCCACAUGGACAUUGGUCCCUAGGAGAGGUCUGGGGUGCCACCUCUCCUGCGGGGCAGUCACCACACAUGGUUAGUGACGUUGAUGUCCCUGGUCCCAAAGGGGUACUGACCUGCUCCAGGAAUGGAGAAGUCUUGCUGGGUGCCUGGGACCUCCCAGCUGCCCACUAGGGAGCUGCUGAUGCAAAACCUGCUCUCUUCUUCCCCUUUCACCGUCCUUUUCAGGGCCCUACUCCAUGCAUUUGAGUGUCAGAGCAAACCUUCUCCCCUGUACAUAUCUUCCCUGUGAACAAUAAAGAGAAUUGUUGCCCACA